AGGUCAGUAUACGGAGAGUAAAUCAAAGACUUUUCACAGAUCUGUUUCCCUUUGCAAUGGGUGAACAAGGUCAGUUAAUGUAAUCUAACGCUGCGUUUAUUCUUCUUUCAUAGAGUGAAACAACAGCCUGUGCCYCUAACUCUGGAUAAGUAGGGCACUAAGAUGCCCAGAAAUGGUACCUGGCCAAACGAGACUAGAGACGAUGGCCGGCAUGUACAGCGCUGRCAGCUGUGACAGUGUUGUUAGUGCCACUUCAGGCUUUAGUGAUGACAGUCUAAAGCACCUUUCUGCUGAAGAAAARGCCUGUCUUCUGUUCUUGGAGGAAACUAUUGAGUCCUUGGAUACUGAGGAGGACAGUGGAGUUUCCACUGAUGAACCGGACCAACUGCCCAACCCUGGCAACYUUGCGACUAAACUUGCAGACCUGUCAGCCUCCAUGAGCAAAAACGACCUCAAUGGUUCAGAGAAAUCCGCUCCCAAGGAACACAUCAGGAAAAAUGCUGACAUCACACACAUACAGAGCUACCUUGUUCCUACGCCAUUUGUUGUGGCAAAUCAUUCCGUGUGUUCAGUUCCCAGCGGUAAACCAUUCGGUCUUACAGAGAAAACUGUUCAGUUUAAGUCUAAGUUCACGCCGAAAGUGACCAAACCUGCUCAAGAAMCCAACCAGAAACCUAGUGCUCCUCCGGUACCUUUAGAGGUCAACGUUGUCCUUCCUCCUUCCACAAAACCUAGAGACCACAUAGUCAAGACGGCUGAAAGCUCUUUACCUCUGAGAGGACCUCUGUCUUACGAUGCACUGGUUCAUUUGCGGAGGAAUGCCUCCAAAAAGAAGACCCCUUUAUGCCCCACAAUCGAUCACACUAUAGACUUGAACAAACAUUGCUCUGCCCCAGUGGAGGGCCCAAACAUUGGAAAUCUCUCAAAGUCUGUCAGAUUCCACUUAGAGGACCGCAAGUCUAAGACAGGACCCCCAGCUGUGGCUCCAAAACCUAAAAAGAUUCCUGUUGACAUAGCCAUGAAACUCCAGAAUGAUGGAGGCGUACCGCAAGACGUUUCAGACAGUGUCAAUCACGCAACAAAUCCACAGGUGGUGAGACAGGAAGCCUUGCAGAAACUUGGCCUCCUGAAAGACCAGGAGCCCCAGAGUGGGAAAAAAGCGCCGCCAUCUCCUCCUAAACCGUACUCUUCUUUGCAUCAAAAGGAUGACAGAUUCGCGAGCGGUUCAUCCACCUGUAAUCCAACGAGGAACUUUUCGUUGACUUCCUCUCAAGCACUCGCAGAACACAAGAACAGGAAUCUGCAAAGUGUUGAUCCGCAUCACUCCUGCAGAAAUAACCAGGAGUCUGUAUCACAUCAUCCACCUGAGUCCAGUAGGUUGAAGGGUUCAGGUCUGGAUCACUCUGCUAGCCAAGACUAUCACACCAACAGUGAACCGGCAGCCAAACCAAGAAAAACCACCACAGCUCAACCUUCCUCUGACAAACCCUCAGAUCUGGUGGGGUACACUGUGAUGGUGGUGCCUGGGAUGGGAUCUGAUCGAAAGGAAGCUCUCAGGAAGCUUGGCCUGCUCAAGAACUAAACCUGGUGAUCAGCAGUAGUCUGGCCUAAAUGCAAAGACCUGAAAAAUCACCUUAAGCCUAAAAAAGUUGGAAUAGUAAAUUGUAAUUUGAUAUUUUGGUAAAUCUCCAGAGAAAACUAUGAAAAAUAUGAAUAUUUUUAGAGCAAAUAUACAAUAUACUCACAAAUUUAAGGAAAAUCUUAUUUAAAUUGAAGGCGCUCACUGAAAAUGUGCCUUGCACAUUUUAAAUUCCACAGAAAUACACUGUUUAUGAGUUUGUCUGUGUAAUGGCUCAUAUAACUACUCUUUAACURCGAUUGUAAUAAAUCUCAGUUAAAUAUAAUAUCUGAAAAGGCACAAAACUGAGCUAAACUAAGCGUAUCAUUCCUCCUGUUUUCACAGACGUGCCUGAAAAAAGAGCUGCUGAGUAAAACUUUGAAACAAAGCUUUCGUUGUUACUGUGUUUUAUAAACCGAUAAAGUUAUCACAAAUACGACUACCUUUUCUAGUCACCGUGAAUGUAUUUUACUGCGUACUUGAGUGAUCUGGUCUUUAAAUGUGAAUAUAGUUUGUUGGUUGUAGGUGCUGGAGCUGUGAUUAUUGGCUAAAAAACAAAGAUGAUUAUUAAACCCUUUUUACCACCUUCAUCAUUUUCAUUAUAAAUAAAAAUUCUGGACAAAAUGA